AUGGACCCUAUCAAGUACAUAUUUGAAAAACCAGCCAUCACUGGCAGAAUUUCGCAAUGGCAGAUAUUAUUAUUAGAAUACGACAUCCUAUAUGUUGCACAAAAGGCCAUCAAGGAUAGUGUAUUGGCAGACCAUCUUGCUCACCAGCCGAUGGAGGAUUACCAACCUUUGAAUUUUGAUUUUCCAGACGAGGAUAUUAUGGUUGUCAAAGACUAUGAGAUCCCUAGACCCGACGAAGGACCCAAACCAGGGGAGCCAUGGACUCUUAUGUUCGAUGGUGCUUCAAAUUCUACAUGUCAUGAAGUUGGGGUAGUAUUGAUGUCUCCCAAGAAUUUUCAUUUACCAUUCAUAGCAAAGCUUUGCUUGACCUGUAUAAACAACAUGGCUGAGUAUGAAGCUUGCAUACUGGGACUAGAGGAUGCUAUUAAGUUAAGGAUUAAAAUCCUUUAA